ACUUCCUUUUCCAGGUCAUCAGCAGGAGGGGAGAAAAAGAGUCCUUGGAAUUCAUUUUUGUGGCUGAAGAAAAAUCAUGUUGACUAAAAUGGCCCUGAUGCUCCUCAACCGACACAUAACAUGGUCACUGCAACAGAGUUCUAGGAUAUUUACAGGAGGGCACCGAGGAAUCAGCCAAGUGGCAGCUAAAAUUGACAUAGAAUUUGACUACGAUGGGCCACUGAUGAAGACCAAAGUCCCUGGACCGAAAUCCAGGGAGUUAAUGAAACAGUUGAAUGGAAUUCAGAACGCGGAAGCGGUCCACUUUUUCUGCAACUACGAAGAAAGCCGAGGAAACUAUCUUGUGGACGCCGAUGGGAACCGGAUGUUGGAUCUCUACUCUCAGAUUUCAUCCAUCCCCAUUGGCUACAACCACCCAUCUCUGAUCAAACUUUUGCAACAGCCCCAGAAUCUGAGUACUUUUGUCAACAGGCCUGCCCUAGGAAUUUUGCCCCCAGAAAAUUUUGCUGAAAAGCUAAAGGAAUCUUUGCUUUCGGUGGCUCCUAAAGGUCUCUCUCAAGUAAUAACCAUGUCCUGUGGAUCUUGCUCUAAUGAAAAUGCCUUUAAAACCAUAUUUAUGUGGUACAGGAACAAAGAAAGAGGACACAACAGUGUUACCAAAGAAGAGUUGGAGACCUGCAUGAUUAACCAGCCACCAGGUUGCCCGGAAUACAGCAUGCUUUCCUUUAUGGGCGCAUUUCACGGGAGAACCAUGGGCUGCUUAGCCACUACGCAUUCCAAAGCCAUUCACAAGCUGGACAUCCCUUCCUUUGACUGGCCCAUCGCUCCAUUCCCGAGGCUAAAGUACCCCUUGGAAGACUUUGUGAGAGAAAACGAGCAGGAGGAGGCGCGCUGCUUGGAGGAGGUGGAAGAUUUGAUUGUAAAAUACAGGAAAAAGAAUAAAGUUGUUGCAGGAAUCAUUGUGGAACCCAUUCAGUCCGAAGGGGGGGACAAUCACGCGUCAGACGACUUUUUCAGGAAGUUGAGAAACAUUGCUAAAAAGCACGGCUGCGGUUUCUUGAUAGACGAGGUACAAACGGGAGGUGGAUGUACCGGCAAAUUCUGGGCCCACGAACACUGGGGGCUCGAGGACCCAGCCGACAUCCUGACUUUCAGUAAGAAGAUGAUGACUGGAGGGUUUUUCCACAAGGAGGAAUUUCGGGCGAAUGCACCAUAUAGGAUUUUUAACACAUGGCUUGGGGACCCUUCCAAGAAUCUCCUGCUAGCAGAAGUCAUUAACGUUAUAAAAAGGGAGGAUCUUCUGAGCAACGUCAUCCAUGCAGGGAAGGCCCUGUUGACAGGGCUGCUGGAAUUGCAGAGUCGCUACCCCCAUCUGAUCAGCCGAGCCCGGGGGCGAGGGACGUUCUGCUCCUUCGACACUCCAAAUGACACUAUUCGGAAUAAGCUGAUCGAAAUAGCAAGAAACAAAGGUGUGGUAUUAGGCGGCAGCGGGGACAGAUCGAUCCGUUUCCGACCCACCCUGGUCUUCCGAGACCACCACGCGCAUCUUUUCCUGAACAUCUUCAGUGAUAUUCUAGCAGACUUCAAGUAGUCGAGUCAUACCUUGCACUGAGAGAGGCCAAAUGUCUUAUAAGAAUCAGAGAAUAGUUUAUU